AUGCUCAGUUGUGAUUGUCCUACCUGUAAGCCACUCUCUAAACUAUUCCGAAGCCAUGAAUUGGAACCAGAAAAAGAUUUUACCGUGCAAGCAUCAACAUCGGUAAGAGUUACAGAAACAAGUAAUACGUUGAUGAAUUUUGAUUAUGAACCUGUUGAACAAUCCGAAGCAACAGUUAUCAACAAUCAAAUGACUGGAAAACCUAAAAUUGAAAUUGCCAAUAUCGGUUAUUCUGGUCAUUUAAAUCUAACAUACAUUACUUUCUCAAUACUUUCAUGUCUCAUACUAUUACAUUUUUAUCAUUAG